AUGGCCCAGCCUGUCCAUACUCAUCUUCCACGCGUCGAAAGUGUCCAAACAUACGGAAAAAAGAAGCACGCUCAGGCAGUUGCAUUGAUCACCAAAGGCAAAGGAAUGAUCAGAGUUAAUGGUGUCCCUCUGCAUCUGGUGGAGCCACAGACAUUGAGAGUUAAAGUACUAGAGCCAAUUCUCCUUCUUGGGGAAUCCAGAUUCAGCAAAGUCGACUUUAAAAUCAGAGUUCACGGUGGUGGCUAUGUAAGCCAAAUCUAUGCAGUCAGACAAGCCAUCGCAAAAGGAAUUAUUGCUUUUUACCAAAAAUAUGUGGACGAAGCAUCAAAAAGACAAAUAAAAGAAAUGAUUUUGGCUUAUGAUAGAAGCUUGCUGGUGGCAGACCCAAGAAGAAAGGAGCCUAAGAAAUAUGGUGGUCCUGGCGCAAGAGCAAGAAGACAAAAGAGUUAUCGUUAG